CACAGCUGUUCCUGGGUGACAUCCAAUACUCUAAACAUCUCGAGUACAACAUCCGAUACCGCCGUUAGGUCCUUUAUGACAUGAAGUAUGUUUACUCUCGGAUUCGAACCCACGCCGGUGCAUUCGAUGUUCUGAUAUGAGACAAGAAGUUAGAGGACGUCAACAAAAACGAAUGACGACUACAUUAUGCGUGUCGAAAUGAGAAAUUAGAAUGAUAGCGGACCAAUGAUCAGACAAAUGCUAGGUUACGUCCGGCAGUUGUGGUUUCGAGAACUUAUGGCUUCGAAAGGAAGUUUUUAUGCCGUACGAAAUGGACGACAAGUUGGUGUCGUUGAGACCUGGGCUGAGUGUGAACAGCUUGUCAAAGGCUUUGCCAGAGCGAGGUUCAAGAAAUUUUCUACGCGGGCUGAAGCCGACCGAUUCGUGGCGGGAGAAGACGCACCCGUGGCGGGAGAAGACGCACCCGCAGCGUCGGCCAGUUCUAAAGUGCCACAGAAUGUAUCCAGUGAACCGCGAAAAAAAGCUACUAAAAGGAAGCUAUCUGUGACUCCGGCUGCUGGUAGUGUUGAGUUUGGGCAAAAUUCACACCAAGAAAAUACAGCUGAACUCAACGCGAAAAUUCUCACGGCGCCGAUCAUUAAACCACAAGCUUUGGGAUCUGGCGAGGUCAAGGGACCCGUUAUUUAUACCGAUGGAGCCUGCAGUGGAAACGGUACCGGCAAUGCUAGGGCUGGCAUAGGUGUAUAUUGGGGGGAUGGUGAUACGCGUAAUAUAUCAGAGCCGCUUGAGGGUCGUCCCACGAAUAAUCGUGCCGAGAUCCAUGCCGCGGUCGCAGCGGUGCGUCAAGCGAAAGCACAAGGUUUCACUUGUGUUGAAAUACGAACUGACAGCGACUUUCUCAUCAAAUCAGUCACCAAAUGGCUUCCUAGCUGGCAGCGGAAUAGUUGGAAGUCGGCAACAGGAAAACCUGUGAUCAAUAAAGAAGACUUUGAGGUACUCCUGAGAGCCACCGAGGGCAUUGAUGUCACCUGGAGACAUGUUCGAGGACACGUUGGCAUCCACGGGAACGAGAUGGCUGAUAGCCUCGCGGUUGCUGGCAUUAAUAAAUAUAACUCGCGGGACGAGUCAAAAUAGCCGUCUCUAUCGAUGAGAUUGUUAAUAGACCCACCGGAACUGUUGAUUACUACAUGUAAACAUUGCCUUAAGUGGAACCUAAGGGAAAUUAGUUUUCAUAAAAACUGUAAGAAUAAAAAUAAAUAAUACGCGCAUGAUUGAUUCAAUGCACUGUAAAUUGAAGAUCCUGAAAACUUGAAUAUUUGUAGGUAAGGCUCUCUAAACCUUAUAAUAUAUUCUUGGCAAGUAUAAACUUUCAGUACUGUGAAGCGUUAAACUAAAAUGUACGAGUUCAGCAGCUACAUGUAAAAUUACUUCAAUAAAAGGUCAGAAUGGAAGGUACGUGAAGGCUAAUAGCGAGGAGCAGAGGAAUAGUUUUUUUACAGAGCACGUUCGAAAUAGCUUGCUUUGUGUGUUGUGCACAGUGUGUUGUCCAUUAUAUGUUUUACCGAGCAUUGAAUUGUAUCGAAUCAGUACAGGUACAAUCAUAAAGAAUAGAGGGUGAUUUCAUGAAAUGUUAAGGUCAAUACUGAAGCACUGACCCCAUCAUUUCGCCAUUCCAAACUCCAGCAGUCGACCUAGCACCGUUUGGUUAGGGUAGACGGUACUGGUCGGUUGUGGCCUAGGUUCAAACCCAGGCACAGACAUGCUUUGUUUCGUACUGAGAGCCAGCCGUCUCUAACCUGACGCAAAACUCGAAACAGAGAGACGGUACUGGCGUAUUUUUAUUUUUUCAAUAUCUUAUUUUAAAUCACCCCUGUAAAGUUUCAAUGUCAUUUAAUAGUACCAUCCAUAAUUUUGAAAUCGCCAAGGAUAUCCGAUGUUAU